GUGCCUCCUUUUGGCUAUUCCCCCAUCACAUCCCCUUCACCUCUAAAUUAUCAUCGGGCCCCUUUGAAUUCUCCCACAUCAGUUGUUGCCAUUUCUUUCACCAACCCAACCUCCGAUUAACCUUGAGUUUCACUCUCUUACGAUCACUCUCUUCUCGGAUCGGUAGAGUUUCUGUCCCGAUUGAAAUUGUUCUUCGUUCCAUAAUUGAAAUCAAAAUUGUUCAAUUUAGGGUUCAUUCGAGGGAUUUAAUAUGAGUUUUCAAGAUAUUGAAGCGGGUCGCCCGCUCAAUUCUCGACGCGCGGGCUACACGGGCAUGAAGCCACAAGACCCAACCCAAGCUAUUGCUUCUGGAAUCUUCCAGAUCAAUACUGCUGUCUCUACGUUUCAGAGGCUAGUAAAUACUCUUGGUACCCCUAAAGACACCCCCGAGCUCCGUGAAAAGCUGCAUAAAACAAGACUACAUAUUGGGCAACUGGUGAAGGAUACAUCUGAAAAACUUAAGCAAGCCAGUGAAACAGAUCAUCGUGCUGAAGUUAGUGCCAGCAAAAAGAUAACAGAUGCUAAACUUGCUAAAGAUUUUCAAGCAGUUUUAAAAGAAUUUCAAAAAGCACAACGCCUUGCAGCUGAAAGAGAGACAGCUUACUCUCCUGCUGUUCCUCAAGCUAUUCACUCCUCACGUAAUGAAGCUGGUGAAGUGGAUGCAAGCUCAGGCAGAAGUCCAGAACAGCAUGCCCUUCUUGUCCAAUCUAAAAGGCAAGAAGUGUUGUUAUUGGACAAUGAGAUUGCAUUCAAUGAGGCUAUAAUUGAGGAAAGAGAUCAGGGAAUACAAGAAAUUCAGAACCAAAUUGGUGAGGUGAAUGAAAUAUUUAAAGAUCUUGCUGUUUUGGUUCAUGAACAAGGAACUAUGAUCGAUGAUAUUGGGUCAAACAUCGAGAACUCUCAUGCUGCAACUUUACAGGGAAAAUCCCAUCUUGCUAAAGCAUCAAAGACUCAAAGAUCAAACUCUUCUAUGACUUGCUUGCUUAUGGUGAUCUUAGGGAUUGUGCUUCUGAUUGUGGUCAUAAUACUUGUGGUCUGAUCUUGAAUAUUGGUAAUGGAAGAUUCUGUCUUUUGUUUGUAUAUGUUGAAUUUAUUAUUUCUUGUGAGUUCUUUGCAGGGUUUCUUUCUGCUAAAUUUGAUUUUUUUUUGGGGGGUUGUGGGGUAUUAAUUUGUUUUAUGGUAUUGGUUAAUGUAUAAAUCCUGCAGCCUUUUUGGUAGAUUGAAUGUUGCACUUUUUGUUUCUGGAAAAUAAAUUGUGUAGUUUGUUAAA